CUUUCACCAACAAACAACGACGACAACGUACGAAGAGCAAGUGUGGCACCGAGUCGUCGGUCGUCGCCCACCGUCGCGCCACGAGUGGCCCCAUUCUCCAUUCAACGCAGUCGCGAGAUGAAGGGAGUCACUGCCUUCCUCCUGGCGCUGGCCCUUUGCUUCGUGCUGGUGAGUGUCCAUGCAGACACAUCCCUCGACAAGAUUCGAGCAGUCCAGGAUGCGUCAACGUCCAUGGCACUCGAGGAACAACAGCGCAUCUUGAAGUCCAAGAAUACCACCGUCGCUCCGUCGUCCAAUGCCGCCGCCCCUCCCGCUGUGACGUCGGUCAAGCCUGUGACAACGAAGUCGACUGUAACAUCUGUGACCGCUAAAACCACUACCAAGCAGUCUGCCACGACCACCAAGCCUGCCACGACAAGCAAGAAGGUCGUGAAGAAGACGACGGAGAAGAAGGUCGUGAAGAAGAAUGCCAAGACGACCGACAAGAAGGCCGUGAAGAAGGCGUGA